AUGCCUCCAAAACCACCGUUGACACAUUUUCUCUGUUUACCAUUGGUCACGAAUGCUUCUCGAAGCCAAUUACAGGCGUCUGUUGAGGCAUUCGCGGCAGAGUCGCAGGGUACACAUCCUGAGAGCGUCUCUAUUCCACAGAGAGCAUUUAGGCCUCUUGAGACGCUUCACUUGACGUUAGGAGUGAUGAGCCUUCUUGAGCCAGGACAAGUCGAAAGUGCUAUCAAAUUAUUGCACGGGCUUGACAUGCCGAAGAUGCUCAGGGAUGCGUCAUCAGACACUAUGGAAAAGGAGGAGCCCAUAGAGAUUGCACAGCCCAUUACCGGCGAAGAACAAUCCGACAACGGAGCUGAAACUAAACCGGCCGGCACCGUUGAGGUCAAAUCGACCAGUGAGGGACAUCCGCAAAGCAGUCAAAGCGGCGACUCACACAUGUCUGGAUUGAAUUGUCCGCUCAACAUAUCACUCAGGUCUUUAGUGUCAAUGCAUGAUCCAAAGAAAACGUCUAUUCUCUACGCACAGCCGGUGGAUGCCUCGGAUCGUCUUCUUCCAUUUUGUAGACAAUUGAAAGAGAAAUUCGUCGAAGCAGGCUUCUUGGUUCCUGAUACACGGCCGCUUUUGCUUCACGCAACGAUGCUCAAUACCGUCUAUGUUCCGGCUGUUCGUCAAAAGACAACGGGAGAUAGAGGUCAUGGAAAGCGAAAAGCAAAGUUAACGGUUGAUGCAACGAAGCUUUUGGAAAAAUACAAAGAUUUCUCAUGGGCCGACGAUUUCAAGCUAGAAGAAGUGGCUAUUUGCGAGAUGGGCGCCAAAAGAAUCGUCAAUGAGCAGGGAGACGUCAUUGGUGAAAAGUAUGAGCAAAUAGCCAGCAAAAACUUAUGA